CAACAAUGGAGAUGUUUACGCCUCAGAAGGGUGGCGCUCGAGUGACGUGAUGGCGUGGAGAGAGGCAGCGCUUGAGUGGGGUGGGAAGCAGAAGUUAGCAGGUGGAUCAUUCAUCAUGUCGCUGUCAGCUUGUUGGCUGCUGCUCCUCUCUCUGACAGGGGUUGUCCGCGGUGGCGAGCUGACGGCGAGGAUGGGUGAAGUGUUCGCGUUGGAAGGCGGUCAGGUGACGUUGUCCUAUCCUAAUAUUAGUGACGUCUCUAGUGCCACUUACUUCUUCUGGUACAAACAUCUUCCGGGACGAGCGCCGCACUUCCUCAUGUCCCACUCGGGAGGCAAAAUUGUGACGGAAGGCUCCUUCUCGGUGAGCGUGGAGAAAGAGCAGAGGAGAGUAAACGUGCUGCUGGAGAACGCUGACAUCAGCCACUCUGCUGUCUACUACUGCGCUGUGAAGACGUCUGGAGGCAACAGAUUACGUUUUGCAAGUGGAACCAGACUGACAGUUGAAGUCCAGGAGGACUUGGCGCCAUCUUUCUACAAAAUGGAGGGCAACGUGACGGCUUGCCUCGCCACCGGCUUCAGCAGACACAACGCCAUGGAGAAGGCAGGGAAAAAAGAGGUGUUUGAGGGCUCGCAUGCCGUGCGGAUAUCGGGCGAGUCGCUGUACAAUCAGGUGGCGUUGGUCUCGGCCGAGAAAGCCGACUUGUGCGAGAAAGGUGACAUUGGACCGGGGCACUGCCAGGUCGAUUGGUCGUCAGAUGAGAAGGUCAACCUGGUCUCCCUCACAGUCCUCGUUCUCCGUCUUGUCUUCGCCAAGACGCUCGCCAUCAACGGCGCCAUGACACUGCAGCUGUGGUUUGUUGCACCUUAAUUAGCUGCAUCGAGCCACAGAGGCGGAGUCACGCUGUGUCCACUUCUGCUUUUGCUUCAAAGUGUCAUAAAAUGUAUUAAAGUCAAUAAAUCAAUAAAAGUCAAA